AGCUGAUGACCGUGUCUAUUGUACUGUGUGUGUGUGUGUGUCGGACUCUAAAGGCCAAUGCCUGACUGUCAUGGACAGAUUUUGCAUGAAUUUCUGGAUGCUAUCAGAGGACAAUCCCGGGCUCUCUGAAGACGACUGAGAGACGAUUGAGAAAAAGUAGUUUUCAGGUCAUGGAUUUCCCGGGGCAUUUUGAGCAGAUCUUCCAGCAGUUGAACUACCAGCGUCUGCAUGGACAGCUGUGCGACUGCGUGAUCAUGGUUGGUAGUCGUCAUUUCAAGGCUCACCGUGCCGUCCUGUCCGCCUGCAGUACACAUUUCCGAGCCCUGUUUACUGCUGCUGAGGGAGACGCCAGUACGAGGAUGAUCCACCUGGACUCAGAAGUGGUGACCGCUGAAGCAUUUGCUGCACUCAUGGACAUGAUGUACACGUCCACGCUGAUGCUAGGAGAGAGUAACGUGAUGGAUGUCUUGCUGGCGGCUUCUCAUCUGCAUCUGAACGCUGUGGUGAAAGCCUGUAAGCACUACCUUACAACUCGUACUCUACCCAUGUCUCCUCCGGCAGACCGUAGUGGUCAGCAUCACGCCGAGCAGCAACAAGCAGCAGCGGCUGCGAACUCUCAUCUCCAGCGUUCAUUUCUGCUUCAACAGCUCGGCCUGAGCCUGGUCAGUUCUGCCCUGAGUGGCGCUGAAGACGGGGGAACAGGGACCGGGAGGAGAACGGGUUCAGCGUGUGGUAGCGGGUUGGUGGAUCAGCACGGUUCUCACCCGGGACGCCGUUUCCUGAAGCGCAAACAGCCCUUGUCCCUGAUCGCUUCGGAACGGGGGAGACCACGGCUCUCCACACAGGUGGAGGGGAUUGUGGGGGAAUCGGGGGGCCGAGAGGGUGGAGAGGAGCUUCUGUCUCCAGAUUCCCAUAGUAAAAUGGUGGAUGAGGUCGUCGCUGGGGUCAUUCCAGGGGAUGAUGGAGGUUUACUAGAACGAGAUGGGUACCGCAGGGGACUGACCCAUGAAGACAUGCAGCUUCCCAGUCAGUCGGAUGGAGGAAGGGGACCAGGACCUGAAAAAACAUUGCUGCUGCCAUGCAAAGAGGAGUACCCAGAUGCGAGCCGUCACCAUACUGAGGGGAUGAAGAUAAAGAACGGAGGUGAGGAAGAAGAGGAGCAGCACAUGCAGGUCGUGGUGAAGAGUGAGCCACUGAGUUCACCCGAUGCUGCUGAUGAGACUAGCGAUGUUACAUCUCAGGCAGAAGGGAGUGACCAGGUGGAGCCAGUUGGAGAAAAGCUGGAAUUGAGUCCUGAGGGCAGUGAGCGCAGCUACUCCGACCCCCAGCCCAGCUCUGGGCCGCUGAUUAAAGGAAACAAGGGGUUAGGAGCAGCAGAAGACCGAGGAAGAGGAGAGGAGCUCUCCUGCAGUGAUGCUCUAGAGUCCUCCUCUGGACUGCACAUCUCCAGUUUCCUCAGCGCGAAGGCCUUUGCUGGCAGAGGGACAUCAUCUAACCCUGCUAACAGUCUUGACAAUGUUCCCAACACAACAACCGGAGAGUUUCAAGCAGACCACGAUUCCUCUCGCUUCUUCCUCCCAGCCGAUUCCAUCAACACUUCAUCUUCCUCUCUGCAGCUCCUUCCAGGCGAAGCACAGGUCUGCUCUGACCUGCAGCCUGAGUCCCUUUUUCUGCGGCCAAUGCAUGAUGGGAUGGCAUCAUCCUCUUCAUUAGCAGCGUCCCGUGGUGGAUCGGUGGACCAGCUUGCACUAGAGUUCCAGCGAAACAUUUUGGGAUUACAGACCUUCCCUCGUUCUUCCAGGGGUGGAGCAGGAGGGUGCCAAUCAUACCGGCGCAUCGCUCCCAAAGUUCCACCAGGAGGUGCUUCAACACUUACAGACAGCCCUCAGCAGCUUGAUGCUGCCUCCUCAUCCUCUUCCUCCUCAGUGCUUCUUAAUGGAGUGAACUUAAUGGAGAGUUCUGUUACCGUAGGUCAAAAUGUUGGCAGCUCCAACUUGAACCCGCUACCCCAGUUGACAAGAGCCUCUGCAGAUGUUCUGUCAAAAUGUAAGAAGGCACUGUCCGAGCACAACGUUCUAGUGGUUGAAGGCGCCAGGAAGUAUGCCUGCAAGAUCUGCUGUAAGACGUUCCUCACUCUAACGGACUGCAAGAAACACAUCCGAGUUCAUACGGGAGAGCGUCCAUACGCCUGUCUGAAAUGCGGCAAGCGCUUUAGUCAGUCCAGUCACUUGUACAAGCACUCGAAAACAACCUGCUUACGAUGGCAGAGCAGUGAUAUGUCUAACACCCUGCUCUAAUUCAACCGCAGGCACUCCAAUAGCACCAUACAAGGAGUGAGCAGAUCUGUACACUGUAAUCUCACAUCCACCAUUAUAGUAGGUAUAGGAACUUUUUUUUAGGUGUUUCAUGGCUGUGGUAUGUUGUUAACAUGCUUCCAGUUAACAUGCCGUCGAUGGUACAAAUUCCAGAGAUAGUUCACACAGAAAUGUUCCAAACCUGUGACCUAGAAAAAAAUGAAAAAAAGUAUUUUGCGUUCCUGCAGAAGAAGAAAGUCAUACAGGUUUGGAACAUGAGGGUGAGUAAGUGAUAACAGAAUUUUCAUUUUUGGGUGGACUGUCUCUUUAAGUUUCACUGUGAAAUGUUUUCAAAAGAACUGAAAUCAGACAGAACCUUAGAAGACCAAUCCUGUGUCCUGAUGAUAGAAGCUUGCUGUGGAAGUCAGAAUUGUAUUGUCAGCUGUGUACUGUUGAUGUAUUUUAGCUUCUGAAGUUGUCUGCAUAUUCUGAACUGAAGCAUCAAAAGGAGAUUCAUCAUUUUUCAUUUAGGUGCACCUUUAGGCCAGUGGAUCUCGACCAUGGGCCCCACUAGGUGGCCUCGGCAAACAUCCAGGAGAAUCCCAAUAAGUCUUAAAAUUAUUUAAAUUUAGAUAUAUUAACUUAAUCUUGAUUCAAAUUUUAAACAUUUAAAAAAUCACAACAUUGAACUGACAUCAUAUUUUUGACUUUAUUAUGAUAGAAGUGCAUAUCAACUUUGAAUAUUGUCUUAAGCUUAAGUGGGGUCCUGGAGUCAAAAAGGUUGAGAAGCACUUAAGUUCCAGUGGUUUAAGUUACAAAACUAUGUGAGCUGCCUGCCUGACUGUUUACAGUUUAUUUUGGCAGCCACUAAGGCAGCAUACUCAGAACUCAAAUGAAACCUCACAUUGGAACAUCUGGAAAGAACAUGGGCAGUUGUACUUUUAUGUUUCCCCACGAAAUUUGCCUUAAUUUUUAAUUUGUUUUUGGCAAACUUAUAUAUUAGUAGUUUUGCCUUUGCUAACACAAAGUUUCUCAGGUGAACUGAUAAAGUUUUUAGGGCGAACAUAAAACUCAAAAGCUUUGAAAUCUAAUUGGUCCUCCCAUCUCACUUUAUCCCACUUAGGGGUCCUGUAUAACUUAGUCUUGCGUAACCAGACCUUCUGACUUUAGCCAACGGUCUGUGGGAGAGACGUCUGAGGCUGAGACUAUGUAUAACGUAGUUAAUUGCAAA